CACUGACAGCAUUCACGAGGGCCGUACAAAUAUGCAUCGUACAAAGCCGUCGUACCAUGCACUGCAGUGACUGCACAAAGCGAGAGGCUCGAUUAACCUCCCUAUCGCCGGCCCGUGUAAAGCCGCUAAGUCCGGCACCGCGGUGAUGUAAGAGCAUAUAAGACGUCGAUUGCCUUCAGAGAGCAUUGAGUCUUGUUUAGCAAACUUCCAGAGGCCAAGAUGACUUCAGCACAGAAAACCAACAUCAAUGUCGUUUUCGGAGCCAUGACGUUCGGCAAAGAGGGCUCCGAACAGGCCCGCGUCCACGACCUCGAGACUGCUGGAAAGAUCCUCGACAUCUUCCAGGCGCAUGGUCAUAACGAACUCGAUACAGCCCGAGCUUACUGUGACGGUACUACGGAAACCAUGCUCGGCGAUCUCGAGUGGCAGAAGAGAGGAAUCGUGAUGGAGACCAAGUACUAUCCUACCGCCGGAAAGUCCAUCCCCUCGUCAUGGAACAACAACCUAAGACACACUGCCGAGGAUCUUCGCGAGAACCUCAUGACCUCUUUGAAGGAGCUCAAGACGGACAAGAUCGAUAUGUGGUACCUCCACGGCCCCGACAGAACAACUCCGUACGAAGAGACCAUGAAAGCCGUAAACGAUCUGUACAAGGAGGGCCACUUCAAGAGACUUGGAAUAUCAAACUACAUGGCAUGGGAGGUGGCUCAAAUCUGUGAGCUGUGCCGCAAGAACGAUUGGAUCCAGCCGAGCGUCUACCAGGGCGUAUACAAUGCUCUGCAUCGCUCGGUCGAGCCCGAGCUCUUCCCUUGCCUUCGUAACUAUGGCAUCGCCUUCUACAACUACAACCCUUUGGCCGGUGGCUACCUCACAGGCAGAUACAAGAGAGAGGAUGCGGAGAACGACAUCGAGAGCGGUUCGCGCUUCGAUCCCAACAAGUGGCAGGGCAAGAUGUACCGCGGUCGCUACUGGAGAGAGGAAUACUUUAAUGCUCUCGACCUGCUGCGCCCCGUUGCGAAGAAGCAUGGUCUUACUGAGGCCGAGUGUGCAUUGCGCUGGAUGCAGAACCACAGUCAGCUGAAGCGUGAAAAUGGUGACGCCAUCAUCAUUGGUGCCUCAUCUCCCCAUCACAUCGAAUCAAACUUGAAGGAUAUGGAGAAGGGUCCUCUCCCAGAGGAUGUCGUCGAGGCCUUGGACCAGGGCUGGGAAGGCUGCAAGGGAAUUAGUAUCAGAUACUGGCACUAGAUGCGUUUAGUAUACAUUUUGUGAUAAGUAGCUUUCACCAUUAUGCUAGAAACUACGACGAUAUGC